AUGUCGGCCCGUCCUUACUCCAACACCGCCUUCAACACCGACUACAAGGUCAAGGCCAGCAACGGAACCAUGGGUAUUCUCCUCGAGGGCACGAAGGUUCUGAUCAUCCAUCGCCGACUGAAGAACAAGAAGAUUCGCGAGGGUGGACCACCUGACACCUGGUCCUUUCCGGGAGGCGGCCUGGACCCCGACGAGACGCCAGAGCAGUGCAUUGUGCGCGAGAUGAAGGAGGAGCUCGGCGUGGACGUGGCCAUCCAGCCCAUCGGCGACGAGGAUGUAUGGGGCACGACCGACGACGACGUGGACGGCAAGCUGUGGCGCUGCAGUAUCUUUGUUGUUAAGCAAACGAACGCUGGGCAGACCGUCAAGAUCAAUGAACCGCACAAACAUGUCAAACUCCAGUGGAUUGAGUGGAAGAUGCUGUGGGCCCAAAUCAAGGCAGAAACGGAGGGACGCAGAGAAGUCGACGAGUCAGGCGAGCUGAUGAGGCGCUUUUUCCCUACUAUGAAGAACAUGGUCUUGAAAUACCCCAAGCGUGAAGAACCGGCUUGUCUUUCUGGGCGCCUGGGCAACCUGCCCUAA